AUGAUAAUCUAUAACUUCCUUAGGUGUAGUCAGUGCUUGGGAAGGUUUUGAUUGUUUUACCUCCCUCCUCCUCCUAGUCUAGGCUUUUUGCUUGGAGAACAGCUCCCCCAAUUGACUUUGGUAUUGCCUAGCAAAGGUGGGUGGCAAUUAAAUCUAUCUCUUUGUAGUUAAACAGCUUUCCUGCUAUUGCUGCUCUGAAAGCAGCGGGAAAGGCUGAAAAGCAAAGCAGGAGGGUGGAAAACAUAUUCUAUUUUUAGGCUAAGGUUGGCUUAUCUUGUAUUUAUCCUGGAGCUGGGCGGAUAAUGUUUCCAGAGACCUCACAUGAGUAAAGACUGCGUAGGGACGGAGUUAAUUUUAACUGGUCAGCAGUCAACAGACAUGGAGUCCAUGCAAGAAGCGGAAGAGCUGGGACCUCAGGCAGAAAUGGUUGCAGACACGGUUCUUGAGGUUGGAGAGAGACUCUUUCAGGUCAGCCGAAGGGCACUUUCACUGCACAGCCGUUAUUUUGAAGCAAUGUUUUUUGGGGGUGCAAGAGAGAGCACCGAGCACCAUAUAGUGAUCAGAGGGAUCGAUGCAGCACCUUUUCAGGCACUUCUUGAGUUUACUCGCACAGCCCAAGUGCUAAUAGGUCAAGAAAAUGUGAUCAGCUUACUGGAAACAGCUGAUUUUUUACAGUUUGACAGGGUGAAACUGUUGUGUGAGAAAUUUCUGGAGAGGGAGCUGCAUGUUUCCAACUGCCUGGGCCUGAUGACCUACUCACAGCAAUUUGCCUUUGUAGAGCUGCAUGCAUCUGCUAUGAAUGUAGCUCUCACCCACUGGGGGGAUGUGCUGUGUCAGGAAGAAUUUAAGGCUCUACCCAAAGAAACGUUGAUGCACUUCCUAAAAAGUGAUGAGCUAUUUGUUCCUCGAGAAGAUGUGGUUUUUGACAGUAUUGUGAGGUGGAUAAUGGAGGACCCAGCAACGAGGGAGGAAGACUUUUUGGAUUUGGUGGGCGAAGUCAGGGUCGCUUUUCUGAGUUUGUCCUUCCUCGAUGUCUUGGUGAAACGCAGCAAGCGCCAUGGACAGUCAGAUACCUUCUCCAGACUAAUAAAGAAGUUAGACAGCUGUCCUCCACCCAGCUGGCAAAAUCUGAAGCUGUGUCCUAAUGCUGGUCGGAGCUAUGACACCUUAUAUGUCCUGGGAGGAAAGCAUGACAACGAACAACAAGAAUUAUUUCUGUUUCAACCUAAAACAGGGACCUGGCAGGCUUGCUCUCCAUUGCAGCGCAGAAACCUCACGCAAUAUGCAGUGGCAGCAGUAGGGAACUUCCUUUUUGUGACAGGCGGAUAUUUCCGGGAUGAGUUUGUGUGGUAUAGUGUCGAUUGGGUGCUGAUCUACAAUUGUUUGAGUAAUAGCUGGCUGGAAGGGCCUGCCAUGAAGAAGUCUCGCAAUAGCCAUUGUGCAGUAGGAGCAGGGCUCUACCUGUAUGUGCUUGGAGGGAGCACAGAUGAAGGGAUAAUCGCAGAAGUGGAGCGCAUGGCUUUGGUGGACCCACAGUGGGAAAGCAUGAGUCCUAUGGUUCAACCUGUGGAGAGAGGAGAUGCGGUCAGUGUGGGGACCAGGAUCUAUGUGGUCUGUGGUUUGGAUGAAAAUGGACACGUCUAUGGUGGAGUGCAAAGGCUGAACACGGAGACAGACAGCUGGGAUGUCAUCUCAUUUUCGCCGCUUCCAAGGUAUGACCUCUGCAUCACAUCACUGAAUAGUGCUCUGUACACCAUAGGAGGGGGAGCUUUUCGAUUUGAUGUGGAAACAGAUGAAUGGACUCGUGUGGAUGAGGAAUGCUUGACCAAGAAGUUCUUCAUGGGAUGCAGCACUGUUAAUGGACAAAUUUAUCUCCUUGGACAGAGAAAGGGGAACAGUGCCCUCCCCAUUGUAGUCCUCUUUGAUCCCUAUGUUGAUAUGUGCCAGGUCAUAGAAAACAAACUGCCUUGCCCCCUUCCUAUUCGUGGCUGUGUCUCUGUGCGAAGGUUUGAUACAUGGGUAUGAGUGAUACCAGACCCAACAUAACCAUAAAGAAAAAUUCAUGUGCUUUACAGAUGACGGGAACUGCAUUGUAUCGAAUUUGAUUUGCGAUUUUUAUUUUUUAAUUUUUAAUUUUAAAAAUAGAUCUGUUUCAUUCCUAGCUGUUCUGUUUUCUACUUGGCAAUUAUCUUGAAGCAAAAGCCAGUGAAACCUUUGCGACUACAUGUAGUUUGCAGGUUGUUACUGGAAAUAGUGGUCAGUGUACACAAGAGUACACAAAUGCCUCAGCGUUGAUGUUACACAAAAGGCUGCUGUGUCCUCUAACUUCUCUAGUUUUCUGUCCUUUGAACAGUUGGGAGAGACAGGAAAGUCAUGGCAUCAGAUUAAAAAAAUAAAAAAAAAAUAUGUAGGAGUAUAUGACCUGCAUAUACCCUGAAUUAAAGAUCGCUUAUGAAGAAGAGGGGAUUGAUGGGCAGGACUAAGGAUUUAGCACUGCUGUAGGAAACAGCAGGACAAGGGCAUGUUGGCUCCAGUUCCUUCUGCCUUUCUCUCACAUAUCUUUCCUGAAUUAUUUAUAUUUUUCUUAGAUGGGUCAGAUCUGGGAGGUAGACCACGGUUCUUAAUGAUAAAGUGUUCUGGGGACACCAUCCUUCAUUCCCCACCUCUUUGCAGUUCUCUAAAAUGGUUUAAUUUUCCCUAAUGUUUGUGCAAAAUAUAUCAGACCCCUUGGAAGCAUAUUCGAAACCUAUGUAGAAAACAGCUUUUAAAGAUAGCAUUUGUAGGUUUCUAUAUAUUGCUUGUAGACAAACGUAUAUGAAGAUACAUUGUCUGUCUGUAGUUUUUGGGCCUUUGAAUUAUCAGUGAUAUCAGACCUCUAGCAGGUUUCAAAGAUUUGCUGAUUGACACAAGAGCUGACAUUACUGAUAUUUCAAAAAAUGAUGA